AUGAGAUAAAAUCUUUCAGUACUAUUUUUUAUAGUGAUUAUCAUUGUAUGUUAAACAACUUGUAAUUAAAAUUACAAUCAAUACAAGACUCUUGAAUAAAAGUUGAGAGAAGCAAAUAAGUAAUAAGCUUUAAUCAGUGAUUUUUUGAGAUAAAAUAAUCACAUCAUCGGUAAUUUUAGAAAAAACUUGAGCCCCCAUGUAAUGGGCACUUUUGUCUAACCUAUGGAACAUUAUCAUUUAAGUUAACUAAAUAAACCUGUUCAAAAUCAUCAAAAUCCAUAUAUAAUUCAAGUGUUGCCAAAAUUUGAAACUCCGUAUGUGAGCUAGGUAGAUAUUAAUGGUGAUGAUGCUAAUGUGCACUUAGAUAACUUAACACAAUACCGAAAAAAUCAAUUCGCAACUAAUGCAACUAUCAUAAAUAAUGGAAUAGGCUCAAAGUUGAGCAUACUAAAUAUCAAUGAUAACUAAAUGGGAGAUGAAAUAGAAGAUUAAAUCAAUAGGAGAAUACUAAUGGAGAUUAAUAAAAGAAUGGACAAGUAUAUUAUCCUUUAGUCUAAUUUGAAUAAAGCUGCAGGGGUAUCUAUAUCAACUAACCCAGCUCUUUUUGUUCAACACCCUGGCUAUUAGACUUAUUAUAGAAUUUAAGAUAUGUAAUGA